AUGCCGUUGAGAGCGAAGCUUGACGAGAGGGCGUUUGCCACGAAGGCUCAGUCCGGCCUGGACCUCGCCGCCGAGCUUAAGCCCCUUCCCGAAGACGAGGCCGACGAUGUUGUCAUCGGCAGCAAGUACGGCCUUCGCACGAUCGAGCUCAACCGACCCAAGAAGCUCAACUCCCUCAACGCGUCGAUGAUCCGCAAGAUCCUCCCCCGAAUGAUCGAAUGGGAGAAAUCCGACAUGGCCAACGUGGUCGUCAUGAAGGGCGCGGGCCCCAAGGCUCUCUGCGCCGGCGGUGACGUUGCCGCCCUCGCCCAGAUGAACCGCACCGAGGGAGGAUGGAGAGAAUCGGCCAAGUACUUCGCUCUCGAAUACAAGCUCGACCACUAUAUCGCUACCUACCAGAAGCCGUAUAUUGCCUUCAUGGACGGUAUUACCAUGGGUGGCGGGGUCGGUCUCAGCAUCCACGCUCCCUUCCGGAUAGCCACGGAGAGGACUGUCUUCGCCAUGCCUGAGACCACGAUCGGCUUCUUCCCAGACGUUGGCGCCUCUUUCUUCCUCCCCCGAAUGAACGGCGCCAUCGGUACCUACCUCGCCCUCACGAGCGACAGGCUCCACGGAGCCAACGUGUUCUACUCGGGCAUCGCCACGCACUACCUCCACUCGACCAGCCUCGUCGAUCUCGAGAACCGUCUCGGCGAACUCCGCUUCCGCGACUACGAUAACCUCGAGACGCGUCUGCGCCUCAUCAACGACACCAUCGAGGAGUUCGCCAGCGGCGUCCCGCACGACGAGCCCAUGCACCUUAGCGGUGAACUUCGCAAGGCCAUCGACCGGUGCUUCAGCCUCAACUCCGUCGAGGAGAUCAUGAAGGCGCUGGAGCGUGAGGAGGGCGCUACGAAGGAGUGGGCGACGCGGACCCUCGAGACGUUGCAUAAGCGUUCGCCUACGGCCGUACACGUCACUCUCCGCCAGAUGCGCGUCGGUGGCAAGUGGAGCAUCGCCGAGACGUUUAAGCGAGAGCUUGCUAUUGCGUCCAAGUUCAUGCAGCACCCCGAUUUUACGGAGGGCGUGACGGCGUUGCUUGUCGAGAGGAGGGCGCCUACGUGGCAGCCUGCUACGCUUGAGGAGCUCGCGAGCACGGAUUCUAACGCUGCGGGCCCGUUCUUCAACUUUGAGGAUGUGAAGGAGGAGGAUAAGCUCGAGCUCCUGACGGAUAGGGAUUAUAGCGAGUACCCUCAUCAGUACCUCGGUGUUCCUGCGGAGAGCGAAGUCGAGGAGGCGGUGUUGGCUGGCGGGAAUGCGGGGAGGACGAGGGAAGAGGUGGUGAGUGAGGUUGUUGGGAGGAGGAAGGGGAGGCAGGGGGUUAAGGCUGUUGUGGAGGAGAUUUUGGAUAGGAAGACGAGUGUGGAUGGACAGGGCAAGGCGAGGUGGAUUUCUUAG